AGCCAAACACAACCUAACCCCUCAGUCACUGCCCGCCUACUGCCGUUGCAGUUGGAUAGAAAAGGGAUUCUUCCGCCAUUUUUAAAAACUCUUGUAUUUUUAUUGCUCAGAUCCACUGUCAUUUCACUGUUUCUGUUUCAGUUACGAAGCAAGGUUGCAAACGGUGUGUUUAUGUGUAAUUUGGAGCUGUGAGUCGGUUUGUGUCGUGGAGUCAUUUUUUAAAUUGUAACAUCUAAUACUUUUCAAAAUUUAAAAAUGGCUGCAAGCUACAGAAAGCCUGGGCUUGGCUCAAACCAGCGGAAGAAAGCAGGUCCAAAACCAGACCUGACAGAAGAGCAAAAGCAGGAGAUCCGAGAAGCAUUCGACCUCUUUGACACUGAUGGCUCAGGGACCAUUGAUGUUAAGGAAUUGAAGGUUGCUAUGCGUGCUUUGGGUUUUGAACCCAAGAAAGAAGAAAUAAAAAAGAUGAUAGCUGAUAUUGACAAGGAAGGCUCCGGGACUAUUGAUUUUAAUGACUUUUUAUCUAUGAUGACUCAGAAAAUGAGUGAGAAGGAUUCCAAAGAAGAAAUUUUAAAGGCAUUUCGGCUAUUUGAUGAUGAUGGUACUGGAAAAAUCUCUUUUAAAAAUCUUAAGAGAGUGGCAAAGGAACUUGGAGAAAAUUUGACUGAUGAAGAGCUACAAGAAAUGAUUGAUGAAGCUGACCGUGACGGGGAUGGAGAGAUCAAUGAGCAAGAGUUUUUAAGGAUCAUGAAGAAGACCAGCCUGUAUUGACCAAAUAAAUUACAAUUUAUAAAAAACAA